AAGACCAGACAACCCCUGAAAAAAAAUCAAAUUAAUGGUAUGAGGAGGAAGAGUAAACAUCAAACAUGGAGCUGACAUUUUUUGUGGUGGAGAUUCUGCAGUCUUUGGUGCUGUUCGGGACUCUCUCGGCGGGUUUCCUGGUGUUGUUGUUCCUGAUGCUGGAUGAUUGUAAACACACUGUGAUAACUGUAGUCAUUGUCACAACUGGUCUUGUACACGAACUGUACUGCGCCUCUGUGUUAGGGUACUUCAAGCGUUUGAUGCAGAUCUCGAGCCUUCGACCCAAGGACGAUGGAUGUCGGGACUUUUAUGUACCAACGUUAAUUGCCAACGCUAUAUUUUUUACCAUCAUUACAAAAUAUGUCAUCUCCACUGGAACCUUAAUACCAUAUAAAAAGCUCAUCAAAAGGGCUGUGAUUUUAUAUUCACUGUUAUCUGUUUCUCUUCUUAUAUGGCAAAAUCCUGAAAAAUCUCUGCAACAGACGGCAUCCAUGAACUUGACAACUGAUGUACAAGUUUAUUUUACUGUAUGUAGGAAUGACGUGGUUAUAAAUUGUUUAUACACUGUGAUGGAGUAUGCAGUGUUUUAUCUUCCAAUUGCAUUGUUUUAUUUCUGGAUUGCUGUAAUAAAUGCUACCAGUGACACAGGAAUCUCAUUCUGGAACAUAAACAUUCUAAAAUCCUGUGCUAAUUCCAACUCAUUCUGCAAUCGCUGCCAUAAAAUGAAUUACACUGUUCAGAUAGUCCUGUUUUACAUGGGUGUUGGGAUCUUGGUGGCGCGUCCCGUUCAGCUGAUGUAUGGAUUUAUUCACAAUGAGGCUGUAAUUGACGUUAUACCAAGCCUCACAAACACAGUUGUUUACUCAUUCCUGUCUUUAGAAUACCUAACAGACUUUUCCCACAUCAAACAUAGAAGUAAUUCAAACUGAUGUUACUAUAUUCCUAGACAUAUUGGCAUAAUAUGAUAUUAUUUACUUAUUUUUUCCUGCUGUUGCUGAGUUAUUGGUUUUACAGUGAUGUACUGCUUUUUAUUGCAAGAUUUUGAUACAUCGUUACUUGUAUGUUAAAACAAUAAAUAUUUUAAUUUU